UCCUGUUGUAAACAGCUGGGCGCACAAAACGGUCACACCACAAAAAAGGGCUCUUGUUGCAUUUUCCUCGAUCUCCUGAAGUUUUUCAUUGCAUUAGCCAGUUUUUCAUGAAUUUCCACUAAAAACAAUGAGUCAAUAGUGGGCAAAAUGCUGCCAACCGAUAUUUGCCGUACUUGUGCCCUGCAAAACAGCAAUUUACUGCCCUUAUCCACUUGCCUGGCCAGAGACGCCACCAAAAGUCUCUACGCUGUGCUCCAGGAACUCACGCAAAUUGAUCCCCAGCGAGAGAGCGCGGAUGACAAUCUACCGCAGCAUCUGUGCACAGAUUGCUGGACAAGAUUAGAGGACGCCUACGCCUUUGUGGAGCAGGCCAGAGAAGUCAAUGGAGAACUCACAGCUCGCUUGAGGGAAUGCCUGGAUGAGAUGCCCAUUGAUAUUCCCCAAGAGCAGAGCAUAAAAACCGAAGUGGACCUUGACGAUGGGGGCAACAAGUCCGAGGUGGAUGUGGACGCUACUGGGAUGGAGACUUUGGAGCUUAAAUGGCGGCCGGAAAGUGCCAGCGAUGAGGACUUUGCUGAUGCAGCAGAAAGCGAUGAGGACAAAGGUGAUCAGAAGCCCUAUCAUCUGCGACGAAGCUAUCGAAAAGUUAAGCUGCCAGUGGAAAGCGAGAAUGAGGAUGUUAAGCCAACUGAACCAUCGCCAAUCAAACGCCGUCGAGGACGUCCGCCUGGUUCUGCCAAAAGCCAGUCGAAGACCACUGAUGGUCGCCACGCCUGCGAGGUGUGCGGUAAGACCUUUUCGUGGUACCGUGACAUGCAGCGCCAUGCCAGGAUGCACUUUGAGCAGGCCUCCUUCGUCUGCGACACCUGUGGCAAGGGAUUCCUGCGCAAGGACAAGUACACGUUCCACCUGCGCUGCCACAAGAAACGAGAGGCAAAAUGGAAGGCUCUUCAGCUGGGAAACGAGUGGCGCUUUGCCGAGCGCCUCUACAGCUCCGGCAGCCUGAAACGAGUCGAAUGCAAGCUAUGCGGGCUGAAGUGCACGCACAUAGAAGAGCUCAGAAGUCACCUAAAAAGCCACGUGGACUUGGAGACUUUAGUCAGUUUAAGAAAGGAUAGUGAUGUGGUCAGGGAACAUUUCCCCGGGUUGCCCUGUGACUUGGAUAUUAUCAAGCAGCAGAUCAGCGCUGACAUUGCCGAAGGGCAAACGGAGAAGUUUGCCUGCGUUGUUAAUUUCCACGGCUAUGAGCUGGGACUCAGCGAUUCGGAUGAUGAGAGUGCCAGCCUGGAUUCUAUAUACAAUUGCUCUGUGUGCAAUCUCCCGUUCAACCGCAAACACCGCCUGGUGAAGCACACUUUGGAGGAGCAUUCACAGACCUCCACAGCGCUUCCCUGGCAGCGCUGCAGCUUCUGUAAAAUUGGUUUUCUCUGCUCAACACUCUACAAUCAGCAUUUGAGCAGCCAUUGCCACAGCAAAAUAAAACGAUAUCGUUGCCGCAAGUGUCCUGGCAAGUUUAUGUGGCCGGAAAACCUACAGAGACACGCCUGCUCCCAUCGCCGUGAAGGAACUAUGCCCAGGCACAUAUCCUGCUCCCUGUGUGAUUCUCCGCUGGCCAGUUUGGCGCGACUUCGUAUUCACUUAACCACACACCAACUUGAUUUGAAUGGCAUCAGCCCGGAGUACAAUUCCUCCUUCUUUCGCUCAUUUUACCCUAAUGGAUUAGACUGCUCUGCCGCUGAUUUGGCUGCCCGCAUAGCUGAAGAUUUCGAAGUGCAGGAUUUCGAUCGCUAUUACAAUGCCUGCACGGAAAGUGGACAGGAGCUGGAUCUCUUUGAUUCUGAAUCGGAAGAGAGUGAUGAGACUAGCAAACUUUCUCAUACCUGUCUGCUGUGUGGAGAAACUUCGAGUACCCUGACGAUCCUAAUGCAGCAUCAAAAGAAAGUUCAUUCUAGUGGGUCCAUUGCUCUGCCCUGCACCUGCGAAAAGUGUGGUUCUGGUUUCGUAAGCAAAGCCCUGCUUCAACAACACCGCAGGCGCAGCUGCGGCCAGAAACACUCCCGGUUCUACUGCCAGGCUUGCAAUCUUCGAUUCGUUUGGCAAGCCAACUAUGAGCAGCACCUGAGGACACACCAUGACACCGUAAAGAAAUAUGAUGAAGAGACAAUGGCUGCUAAACAGGUUUAUUGCGCCACCAAGCUGCAGUGCGACGAAUGUGAUAAGGUAUUUAUCUGGCACAAAGACCUCACGCGUCACAAGCGAUUGCAUCAACCCCAAUCGGCAGCCCAGUUCGACUGUCCCCAUUGUCAUCGCAAGUUCCACCGUAAGGAUGGUCUCAAGUCCCACCUAAAAGUGCAUCCGGGAGCACCGGAGAAUCUCAAGGAAGAGCCUGCCACGGCCCACGUUGCGCCAGGCCAAGGAAUGGCUCUGUCGCGGCUCAGUCGUCCUCAUGGUUGCAAGCUGAUUCAGUGCAUGAUCUGCCUCUCGCGCCACUCGAAGAUUAGUGAUCUUCGGACCCACCUAAAAUCGCAUCAAUACGGAUUAAGCUUGUCCGCUGAGAGAGAUACUGCCAGUGCAUCAAGAUCUUUUUACCCGGAACUAGAGAUUGUCUUAGAACGAGAAAAGUUGGCCGGGAAAAUUAUGGCCGAUGUGGAAAGGGACCUAGAGUUGGAUCGUUUUGUUUCCAUAACCAACGAGGCUGGCCUCGAACUGAAUCUCGACAGCAGUGAAACUGAUUCCGAAUCCGAGCAGGAGCAGGAUAUAUCAGAAAAAUGCUAUGCCUGCAAUCUCUGUUCGACGGUUGUAAGAAGAAAAUAUCAGUUGUUUGCGCACCAACUGGAGCAGCACGAGAUGGAGGAGACAUGCCUCGUUUGCUCCCAUUGCCAGGUUAGGUUCGUCAACGAAUCCCUGCUGGAUCAUCACUCCCGGACACUGUGCUACAAUCCCCAGAAGGUUUUCCAGUGCCGCAAGUGUCCGCUUCGCUUUCGGUGGCGGGAGAACCUAAAGCUUCACACGAGUUUGUGCCAUCAGCAAGGCGAAAUCCCAAUACCCGACGAAUCCUCUCAAGCAGUUGGUGCGGACCUACAGUGCGGGGAGUGCCAUCGCAGCUUCAAAAUGCAAAAGGAUCUCACGCGACACACACUGAUGCACGCCCAGGAGUCGAACAUCUUCAGGUGUCGUUGGUGUGCUCGUCGCUUCUAUCGCUGGGCCAAUCUUCUGCAGCACAUUGCGCGCCAUGGCAUAAGUGUUGACCAACUGCCCUAUGCGGAAGCAAUUUUAGACUCAUAUGGCAAUCCUGGAGGUCACAAAAAGGUAGAGUGCCGCGUGUGCAGCUUGAGCUUUCCCACAAUCGCUGCCUUGCGUCUGCACCUCGAAACAAUGCCCGCUGGAAGUCACCACGAGCUGUCCUCACUCCAAAACUACUCGAUUACCAACCAGAUGGGCUUCGAGAUGGAGCUGGAUGACUCGGAGACUGAUGAAGAAGACGGCAGGACACAUUCGAAACCACCUGGCGUCCCUGACUUUUACACCUGUGGCAUGUGUCAACUGCGAUGUUCGCGCAAAUUCGAGCUGCAUCAACACCAGCAGGCCAUGCACCGAAUGGAGAAGAUUCCUGACGGCUGUGAUAGGUGCCUCUUCAAGAGCGUCUGCCCGGAAAUAAUUGUGCAUCAUAGGAAGACACAGUGCGAGAACCGGGAAAAGCAGUUCACCUGCACUCGCUGUGGUUACAAGUUCAUGUGGGAGUCCAACCUGCUGCAGCACAUGCAGUUGCAGCACGAAAAGCAAGAGGAUCAGGAGCUGGAUGAGUCCAAGGAGGCGUCUGGUGACGAGCCAAAGGCCGAAGUGGGUCAGGUGUUUCAGUGUGGUCUUUGUCCAAGAAAGUACAACCGCAAGGAUCGACUCACGGCCCACUCGAAGAAGUUCCAUGGGCCCGAUGGCAAGGGGUCCAAUCCAGUGAAGGUCUCCAAUAGAGCCACAUCUCCCAAGGAACCAAAGCGCUUCCUGUGUGCCUUCUGCGGCAAGGCGGUCAGUUCCUCCUCCAACCUGAUUAUCCACAUGCGUCGCCAUACCGGCGAGAAGCCCUUCAAGUGCGAGUACUGCACCAUGGCCUUUCCCCGAUCCUCCGAUCUUCAGUGCCACCGCAGGACGCACACCGGCGAACGACCCCACGUGUGCACCGUGUGCCAGAAGGGAUUCGCCCGAUCCUACAAAUUGCAGCAGCAUAUGCGCAUCCACAGCGGCGAGCGGCCGUACAAGUGCACGUACUGCGAAAAGAGCUUCACGCAGUCCAACGAUCUGACCCUCCACAUCAGGCGGCACACUGGCGAGCGGCCCUACCAGUGCGGCGUCUGUGGCGAGCGAUUCAUUCAGGGAACGGCCCUCAAGAACCAUCGAAUGCAGCAAAAUCACUACGAGGAGGGGCAGGAAUCAGGGGAGACCCCGAGACGCACGGUUCUGGAACAGUUUACUAUAUAGGAAUGAGGAAGAUCCGUGAUUAAUAUAGUUUUAUUUAGGGAUGCCUAGGAGCUUCUGCUUGGUUAGAUUUAAAAUAUUAAAAGGCUUUUGGACUA